GCAUAAUUCAACAUAUCUCCCUCUUCUUAAUUCAACAAUGGCAGAUAACUCAAUUAGCUUAUUUUCUCCAUACAACAAGAUGGGCAAAUUCAACCUCUCUCAUAGGGUGGUAUUGGCUCCCAUGACCAGAUGCAGAGCGCUCAAUGGGACUCCACUGGCAGCACAUGCUGAAUACUACGCUCAGAGAUCAACACCGGGUGGAUUUCUCAUCACUGAAGGCACCUUGAUCUCUCCAACUUCUUCUGGGUUUCCUCAUGUUCCUGGAAUAUACUCAGAUGAACAGGUAGAGGCAUGGAGAAAUGUAGUGGACGCCGUGCAUGCCAACGGCAGCUUUAUCUUCUGUCAACUCUGGCAUGUUGGCCGUGCAUCACAUCCAGUGUAUCAGCCUGGUGGGGCUCUACCCUCUUCGUCCACCAGCAAACCCAUAUCAGACAAGUGGAAAAUUCUCAUGCCCGAUGGCUCCCAUGGCAUCUAUCCAGAGCCUCGUGCACUUACCACUUCUGAGAUAUCUGAAAUAGUGCACCAUUAUCGCCAAGCAGCUAUUAAUGCAAUUCGAGCAGGUUUUGAUGGAAUCGAGAUUCAUGGAGCACAUGGGUAUCUCAUUGAUCAAUUCUUAAAGGAUGCAAUCAAUGAUAGAACAGAUGAAUACGGUGGACCACUAGAAAACCGGUGCAGGUUCUUAAUGGAGGUAGUUGAAGCUGUUGUCUCUGCCAUUGGAGCGGAAAGAGUUGCUAUCAGAAUUUCACCAGCAAUUGAUUUCAAUGACGCCUUUGACUCUGACCCACUUGGGCUAGGCUUAGCAGUGAUUGAAAGACUCAACAAUUUGCAGAAACAAGUGGGCACAAAACUCGCUUAUCUUCAUGUUACUCAGCCUCGAUUCACACUUUUGGCGCAAACCGAGUCAGUGAGUGAAAAGGAGGAAGCUCAUUUCAUGCAGAAAUGGAGAGAGGCUUAUGAGGGAACAUUCAUGUGUAGUGGAGCUUUUACUAGGGACUCAGGAAUGGAAGCUGUAGCUGAAGGCCAUGCUGAUUUGGUAUCCUAUGGUCGUCUUUUCAUCUCCAAUCCAGACUUGGUUUUAAGGCUUAAGCUCAAUGCACCUCUUACCAAGUAUAACAGGAACACAUUUUACACCCAAGAUCCUGUUAUAGGCUACACAGAUUAUCCUUUCUUUAAUGGAACAACUGAGACAAAAUUAAGUAACUAGCUAAGGCCAUGCAUGCCCUUUAAUUUUAAUCUCCAUAUGGCUUUUUGAAUAAUAAUGUUCAUAACAUUCAAAACUCUUCAGUUGAGUUUAUCCUCAGACAAACAAAUUAAGUGGUUCAUUCACUUGUUAGGGUAUUUAGAUCUUAGGUUAAUUAGUCUCCGGCAUUUUGAUUUCAUUUCAAUUUGUAUUCAGUCUUUCAUUUUGAAUAAAAUAAUAUUAAGUUUUUUGCCUUAAAAAAUAUAUAAUUAAUGGAAA